UGUGGGAGCCGCUCUGUGCGUCGUUCCUAUGGAGACGGUCUCCUAGCUGCAGCUUCUGGUGUUUACCUGCUCAUGCCAUAUCGGAAUUGAUAGACAACAUGGAGCCGCUGCCGGCCUCUUUCUAUGGUGAUAUAGACAGCAAGAACCCGGUUAUAUCGACGUUCGAAAAUGAAGUCAGGGAGUUUCUUGGAUUUAUGAGAAAACUGCAGCGAGCUCCCCCCGGAGAAGCCCACCAGCAGGACCACAGGAGGGGAUCCAGUACUCUGUUUAAUAUAUGGGUCAAGUAUAAACCCCGACUGCCAGAGUGGUAUUACCAAGAAAAGCUCCUUAAGGUUGGCGAUAGCCUUGCGCAGAUCAGAGAAUACAAGCUUGCACUCUUUCAGUGUUAUGGGAGGUACCUUGAACAGUUUUGUUCACUGGAUAUCGAUCAUAUUUCAGAUGUGGAACAAUUCAAAGCUACGUUUUUUCCGAAUGGAACAGAUGAUGAAAAAGCUGGUCUAAUGUUUCAUGCCCUGCAAGGAAGAUGUAUUUGCAUGUACCAGUUGGUAAAGAUCAGUGAUGCCAGUCUCCGGGAUCCAGAAUCCGUGAAGAAAUGCCUGAAAAUUUUGUAUUUUCUUCAGCUCAUCAUGCAAGUUGUCCUCCCACAAGAACAUCUGUGCUGGUUAAUCUUUAAUGGAAGUCUUCACAUAUACACCAUAUGCAGACAUUUAAUGGCAUUGGGACGUUCAUCACAGGCUCUUGAGUUCCUGUUGUGGGCAUGUGUAUGCAUUGAGUCUUCUGUUCCUCUCUUAUCUGUUCAUUACCUUACCUGGAGGGCAACACUAUAUACUGCUGUGUGCCAGUGUUACUUUGACUGCCAAGCUGGUGUUCAUGGAGAGGUAUUUGCUCGUCGUGCUCUCAGUAAAAUCAGCGAGCUUAGUCAGCUUGAACAUAUGAGCGAUUCCUCAUACAACGAAGAGACGCAGAAAGCUUUUAGAGAGUCCACUCUUAAGAUGGCAGUAAUGAUCUUCAAGAGAGCAGUGUUUGAGUCCAGAAGAAAACCAAAAGGCAUUCUUCGUCCAAAGCUGAAAAAUAACCUGAAAGACGCAGAAAAGUUGCCAUGGCCUCGUACUAGCACAGAACGACUGCUGGUAGAGAUGUUUGGAAACAAUGCAGCCCAGUUCCUUGCCAUUCUUGAAGCCCUGACAGAUAGUAAUAGAAGAAUUUUGCAAGCUGGACCACCAGUUCCUGAUGAACCAGAAAUACAUGAUGUGAUUGCAGAGCUUUGUUUUGCUGGCAUUGAUAUCCUUUCAGGGGGAGGCAACAAAGGUGAGCGCAAUAUGAGAAGUACUCCCCAAAGUGAGCUAUGUAAAUUGCUUAAAGACUCCUCUCUGCUGGAACUAGCAGUGCAAGAAAAGGAUGCUGUGUCUGCAGAAGCUGUUGUGAAGUUUUCAAAAUUGGCGUUUAGCUAUGAACACUGGGAAGCAUUUGAUGCCAUUAUAGCUCCAUUAUAUUCAUUUCUACAGGACAAGGAAAACAAAAAAUGGAAGAAGGAAGAAAUGGAUCUUCGCAUACUUAUUGCUGCUCAGCCUUUAUUGUCAGGAAAGAAACAUAAGCACAAUGUACAAAUUCAUGUGAAGCAAAAUCAUAUGGCUGAGUUCCCCAACUACCUUGAAAUGAUUGGACUACAAGGUGAACCAAUAGACAGCAAAUCUUCAGAUGAUCACAUAACACUGGCAGAGACACUGUACUCUUGUGUGUGUAGCUGUUCACAGGAUGUGCAGCCUGACAGAGAUAUUGUCAUCGAUGUCAUAUUAUUUCUGUGGCAAAAGUGCAAAGUUGGAGUGCAGCGAAUGCAAACUGGAUUAGAUGGAUCCAAGUUUGUACAAAAAUGUGAAAUGAAUAGCAAGUGGAUCUACAUUCUAUGUCUCAUCUAUGAAGUGAUGCAACGCUCAAGUUUCAUUCAUACAGAUGCUCUUAUAUUAGGAGAAGCUGCUUUGAGAUUAGCAGGGAUCGCAGAAAGUAUGGCUGAUGCCAUUAUGAAAUGGGGGAAAAAGUCAGACAGAUCACAUGAAAAAGUUAAUGCAGAUGUGCGUACUGGGAGACAUAAACCUUUAAGUAUGAAGAAAACCCCUCUGACACAGCUGUCUUUUGCAUAUGAAACCCUAGACAAGGCAGUUAGGGGAUUAUCUGUAUCCCGAUCUGAAGGCAUUAGACAUCAUGAGGAAUCAUUAUUUGACCACUACAUCAGAAUGCUGGGUGCAAAGAGACAACAUGUAGAAAACACACUUAAAGUGCAAAGCAGUUCUUCCAAACCACUUGUAAAUAAUGCGAUGAUGAUGGAUUUGCAGCUUGAGCUAAUUGUAGCCCAGCUUCGGGUGUCAAUCAAAAUCCUCCGUCAAGUAAAAGCUGAUGGCGAACAUCUCAGGUCAUCUAAAAGUUGCAAGAAAAUCCAGGGAAGAGAUGAGUCUUUACAUUUCCGCACAGAAGCAGAAAUACUUGAUAAAAUCAACAAGAAUAAGCUCUCGAAAGCCAUCUUCUUAAUGCAGAAAGCCGUGCUGUUUAAUACAGGACUAGACUGUUCCCCUAGUAUGCUCCUUGAGGAUUCAGAGAAAUUGAUUCAGCAAGCUGAAAUUGAAGAAAAUGCAGUCUACUUAUCCUGCAUUAAACAAACAGAGACAAAAGGUGUCAAAAUGAAUGUACCUCCCCCACCUAUUUUACUUUGCAAAACAGAAAAUUCUAUGGUGUUUAAACCAGCUCCAUUCACAUCUGAUACUAAGGUGGCCUGGUACUGUUUAUUUGGGCGAAGUGUAACAGGCCCCAACUUAAAAGUACGGCUAAAUGAUCAUAAUCUCUUGGGAACUGGAGAACAGAUUCCUGCAAAUGGUAAUAUCUCAUUGGAAGUUAAAGAUCUAAACACAAAUGAGAAGUAUAUAUUUGCAGUUGCAGCCUAUGCAGCAGAUGGGCGCCUUAUUGGAGAUGUUAUAGGAGAAUCAACCAAACCAAUCCUUGCCUCUCUACCUUUGUCAGUACCUGCAACUUUUGCCUAUCUAGCUCAGAGUGCUUAUCAUACUGGUUACUAUAAAAUGGCAAAGAAGGCAUGCUCUGUAUUGUGGAACUACUUUGUCAGCUCACCAAGCCUGGCAGAACAAAAUAAUUCUGAAACGAGAGGAUCCCCAGAUAGCCAUAUUACUCAGAUGAGACUGUGGAAUGAAGCUGUAGCAAACUCUUCUCCCAUACUGCUACAACUUUUCCUGGGAAGUAUUUUUAUACUCGAUGAUAUAAACAUAAAGGAAGGAGCACUUUUCUGUGACUCUGUUUGUGAUGGUGAGCUUUCUCGGAAGGGACAAAUUUGUCGACUAGCUGAAUGCGAGAGAUUGUUAGUGGCUCUUGAUGUUAGUACCUUGCUGAGUGAUACCAGCUAUGCCCUUCAAGCUGUUGUUCAGUGCUACGGUCUGAUUGCUCCACUAAUCUAUCACAGGAUCCCUUCUGUUGCAGUAGUGCAGAUUCUAAUGAAAUGCUUGGCAGUUUUACAAGAAAUCCCCAGCAGCACCUGGCAGAAAAAACAGGCUGGUGUAGCAGAGGGCGUUCUACACAUGACAGCCUGCAUCGUGUAUUAUGUAGCAAAGGCACUACGUUCUUGGGAAGAAUAUGAACUUGCCCUAUGUGUAAUAGAAACUGGGAAAAAGUUACUUUCUUUGCCAGACAAUACAUCACUUACUAUAUCAAAUUCUCAGGCAAAAUCCAACUGUGAUGACAUAGAAAAAGCAGAUGAUAAAGAAAAGGGAUAUUUUCCUAAAAAGCAUCAAAAAAAGAAAUCAGUCAUUGGUGAUAAAGUGAAUGAACAGUUAAAUGCUAUAGAACAAAAUUUGCUAAAACUAACAAAACCAUUUAAUGGGGCAAUGCUUACCGGACAAGAAGAUCCUGUCCUGCUGUAUUCUGUUGUUUCAUGCUGGUCUCCAAGUGCGGCAUUUAAAGAAAUCAUGAAAUUUAAGAAGAAAUCUCGUUUUUUGGAGUUUCUUGUUCAAUUGUUGCAGAGAGUAUAUUAUGAGGAAAAGUUUCUGAAAGUUCUGGAGUGGUCUUCCAGUGCCUUAGACUAUUUGAAAAGGAGAAAUGAUAAUAUUUUUGGAAACAAACAAACUGAUGAGACAGGAGAUGUUCCAGCACCACAGGAUUCCUUCAGGAGGUACACCACAGCCCUUGUUGAAUAUCAGAAGGAUCUGGGAGCUUCAACACUAAAACAAGCUAAAAAGCAGAAUCUUCCUAAAAAAGUAGAAAGCGUGACUCACCAGAAAAAUAAGAAUCGGAAUGUGGAACCUCACAGACUUACCAGAGAGGAGGCUGAGAAAAAAGCUUUUACAACGUUGCUCGUACUGCUGACACCAAUUGUUGGUAGAUAUAUGAAACGAAAGAGACUUUUUCAAGCCAGCAGAGAAGAGAUGCCAUGGAGAGCUCAAAUGAAUCUACUCCUGGCACUAACUCAUUUCAGUUUGUUUAAGAAAAAGCUUAGUCAGCUGUACAGUGAAGAACUGGAGAGUGAGCAGAGCGCUAACAGCUAUGGAGUUCUGGAUCCUGAAUUAUUCACUUUGCAUCAUGCUGGCACUGUAGUCAUGGCAACAGAAACAAAUGCUGCAGAUGAGCAAAUGUCUAGCCUAGGUCACCUUCAUUCCUCACUUAAACUAGAUCUUCCACCAGAUGCCAAACUAACGGAUUCUUCUGAGCCGAGUACAAAGCGAAGUGAUAUGGAUACACCACGUACACAAAUGACCAAUGACACAGAGACUUCCUCUCCUCCUUUGAAAGAACAAGCAAAGCUAAACAUGUCCUCAGUGGUUCUUUUGGAUCACCUUGGAAAGAUUUUUAUUCAUCUUAAAAGAGCAUUGGUUCUGGCACAUCGAGGAGGACAUUGGACACUACUGCAGAAUGCUGGUCGAGUACUGUGGAACCUUGUACUUGAAAUACAAUUAAUCACUAAACAAUUUGAUGCAAAAAAAGGAUUCUUUCCCAUAAGAAAAGAUCACCUGAACAAUGAAAUUUGGAUGCCAUUCUUUUUUGCAGCAGACACCAUUCUUGAUAUGUUAGUCAUAUUACAAAACACUGGUUCAGUUCAGGUCAUUGAUGAAAGUGGAAAGUUUAGUGUCCCAAGUUGCAUGGGAAGCAUUGCUGAUGAUGAAGGGGGCUCAAACUUAAGGUUUGACUACCCCUUUGAUGAUGUGAAUGUUAUUGACAUGCGUUGGAUAUGUGAUCUAGUAAUGAAAGCCAUGGAAGUUUUAUACUUUGUGAAAAGAUGGGAAGCAUUGGUGCAUAUAGCGGUGCAGUUCAACAUUCUUUCUCAUGAGAGGUUUACUGAACAAAUCACACCACUGUUGGUGCCUGCACAGAGGAUGCUAGCUGGUAGUAUAUUUCACAUAAGAGGAACUGAUGUUUCCGAAAUGAAUUCCAAUGCACCUGCGGAGGAAAGUGAUGAAAAGAUGCAUUGCAGGAAUUACAUCGGAAAACAACUGCACGUCAGCACAAUCAGUAAUAAAGCAAGGAACUCUGGAGCGGAUUUUGAUCAGAGAGGACACAUUGUUCAUUCAGACUCCAAAGUACUUACAUGUGUUCCCCUGGAUGUGUUAGAUACAUUUUCUUGCUUCCGUGAAAGUUUACAGAAAUCUAAAUACUCUAGCCGAGCACUGAGACAUAGCAGAAAACUACUCACUCUAUUCUUAGCUUAUAGUCAAGGGUUAAAUUCACAAGAUAAGCAUACCAGCCCACAGCUAUCCUAUGGAAAAGUUGGCUUUUCGAAUGGUGCAUUGCAAGCCUACCGCCCAGUCCCCCCAGACCUUUCAGAAGAAGAGUUUAUCUCUGUGUGUUCUAUUGAAAGCAAGGCAAUUCCUCCCUCACACCUUUCCAUUGUUAUAGCUUCCUAUGACAAGACUAUUGAAAUCCUUCAUUCAGACAGACAACAAGGCCUUAAAGCUCAGGCUCUUCAUGAACUAGGCAAUCUUCACCUCUACGCAGGAAAUAAAAGAGCUGCUUUCAAAUGCUGGUGUCAGGCCCUUGAUGAAACGCUCAACAUGUCUGAUGCUCUUAAUUCAUGGCAAGAGCUUGAUAGCUCCCCAGACAGCAUAAGCAAUGGAAGAUCUAAAGAUUACAGUGAGAAAUUUCUCUCCCGAGCGGGAAUUUGGGGUUGUUUGCUGGCUGCCGUCAUUGCUGCUAAAAUGUCUCGUUAUAUCUUGACUUCAGAUGUGAGAAAGAGAACAGAUUGCUGCUUGCUUUCAGCUUUACUUUUUAAGUCCUUGUUCCGCGUGUCCCUGCCACAUCCAGAUGAAGAUCUUGAUUAUGCAUUAUAUGAGAUUGGAGAAGGAUGUGAAAUAACUGAACUUAUUCCAGGGAUUGACCUGUUUUCUGAUCGGCACAGAGCAGAUGUCAUAACUGUUGUUUCCAGUCUAGGUUUUCUUAUAUCAGAACUGCAUUCUGUUGCUCAGAAUCUUAUGGUUCUGCCGUUAUUUACAUUGUACCAGUAUUUGGUCAGCAUUAUUUGCCGUGACCCUGUCAAAAGUGUGGAAGGAAGGCUGUUGAAGGUUAAAGUCCUCACAGAUCUUCAUCUGUUCUCUGAAGCCUUCCAUGAAUAUUUCCUCCUAAACAGUGGUAAAAGAAUUCCGAGAAGACCACAUGAAGGAUUCUCAUCAGCUGUGAAAGUUCUGGCAACUUUGAAGUUCUUACCAUCAAAGACUCUUCUCUCCAGUGAAAACUUACAGGCACUAGAAGAGAUUCUCAACAGAAAACCCAGUCCUUGUCUGCUUUCAGUGUGUGAUCAGGCAACCAUGAAUAAGCUGGUACUGACUAAAACACAUUUCAUCCUAAAACUGUCUUCUACGAUUAAUGCCAUCCCUGAAGUAUCGAAGGAGCCUGGAUAUUAUGUGACUGGGGACAGAACAAAGCAGCAGAGUGAAAACCAAGAACCAACCUUGUUAGAAGACAAGGGUGAAAGUGAUGCUCCAAUACAGCUUGCAUCUAAACAAGAUCUUACACUAUCAAAAUUAAAGGACAUGUUAUUAAAAGAAGCAGAGGAAAGAGUAAAAUACAUUCUUCAGAAUGUAGGGAAGAAAUAUAAUCACCUUUCAGAAUGUACGGCAGUCGACCUAGAAAUGGCAAUAGAAGCAAAGCUUCAACUUUCCGAAAUAGCACAGCAAAGGCAGCACAUUGCAGAAAGCAUUGCUUUCUCAUUUUCUGCACUGAAGAUUCUACAGGAAGCCAAACUAUUCACAACCAAAGCUAAACAUGACCGUAAAGAUGGGCAAAUAAGACAAGAAAUUGUUAAAGAAGAAUCUUCCACGCAUCCGACUGAAUCUGAAGCCAGAGAGCGUCUAGGGAUGAACACAUGGUUAAGAUGUCGAAUUGCACUUGUCACCAUUCUUACAAGGCAGAUAUGCGGCAUAGCACUUUAUGAUCAGGAUACCCUUGAUGGUUCAGCUCUGAUAACUGCAGGUAUUGUAGAGGCUGAAACUCUCAAUGAUUCUGAGACCCAGGCUCGGUUUAUGCUGCAAGCAGUUUUCCUUGAUAUUCAAGAGGGCCGUCCCAGGAAAGGCGUUCAGCUCAUGCUGAAGAAUAUCAUCAACUUGCUACAAGAAAAGUGUUUCAUGUCUCCUGUGGCAUACUUAACAUUGGCUCAGAGCUUGAUUCUUUCAGCUGAUUUAAUGGAAAAUAAUGAGGACCAGCAGUUGUUUUGGACAAAGCAGUUGAACAAUUACAAAUUGGCACAUGAACUCAUCAUUAAACAGCUCGUACGUCUUGGGGAAACCAUUGAACACAAUCUAACACCAUCUGUGGUGUCAUCUUCCUGGCCUUCUCUCAAUAACAUCUACUUGCCACAAAUUUGUCUACUGGCAAAAGUGCAAAUGAGAAUAGGACGCAUACUGACUCUACAAGCAAAUUCUCUUUCUGUAUCAUCUGUUAAGCCAUCUUACAUUUUGCCAAGUUUUAAUCUGUUCACCAUGGCAUUAGAGCUAUGCAGAUUGUCUGCAUUUCGACAAAGAGACUUGGAAGCCGAGUUGCUCUUUUUAAAAGGUCAGACAGAACGACUGAUGUUUGUCUUAGGAGACCAUGAAAAGUCCUGUGCUGUCAAGUCCUUCUCAGAAGCUAUCAACAUUAGCCUGGAUACUGAUCAAAACUUCAGUUUAAUGAGAAAAUGUUAUCUAGAGAUAGCGCUUGUCUACUUGCACAUGUCCAGUUUGGAUUCAAACAAAACAAGUACUAUACCAUUAUGUGCUCCUAAAACUACUUCAAAGCGAAAGGGGGAAAAAGUAACGGAAAAGGAUUAUGGAGCGAAAACUGUAAGCCUAUCGGAGUUGUACAAAUUGCUGGCAUGGAUUGCUGUUAGAGCUGCCACACAGGUUGCUGAUGCCACAAUAGCAUAUAAACAGUUAAUUGGAGAAAUGGAUGUUAUUGAGCAGGCUACAAAUGCCCAGUUGCACCAGCACAUCCCAACAUUUGCUUGUAUGGAUCUUUUAGCAACUUACAAGAAAUACUUUCAAGAUUGCUGUCCUACACUUGAUCAACACAACUGUGCUGUCAAACAAGAACCUGCCUAUGAAAGUCCUACAGAUGGAAAAAAACGUGGUGGAGAUAGUCUUCCUGUAGAUACAUUGUCUUGGGUCCAUAUCAUUCGAUAUCAUAAUCACCUAAUGAGACUUAAAAAUCUGCUCACAAUGACAGAUUUUGAUGAUGGGAAAAUGUUUGCCAGUGACACGCUGUACACAUCUGUCUUUGAUAAUGGGAUUACAGUGCGCUAUGUGGAGAUGCACCUGUUCCUCAAGAAGCAUCUUUACUCCUAUUCCACAUGCUGUGUGAAUGACUUUCCUGCAGAACUACUGUGGGGGCUAGAACCGAAAACAACAAGCUUUUAUACUCCAUCUAAGGCAACUUUGGAAAGUAAAGACUCACAUCAGCAUAAACCAGAACCAUUGAAAUCUCCUUCCAGUGGAUCACUGCAAAGUAAAUUAGUUCCACAGGAACAAAUUGUAACACAUGCUGUAGACCAAGAACUUUGUCUGCAGUGGUAUUUUCCAACCUUGGAAAGAUCGACACUAGAGAAACCCAUGGUAUUGUUAAUGUAUGCCUUCAACAAGCAGAAUAUUGAUGUUAAGGACCCAAGAAAGUGUGAUCCAUCUGCUGUCCUCUGUGGCUAUCUUUGGGCUUCUUUGGCACACGUCCUCUCAUUACAUGAGAAGCUUUGUAACCUGAGACAAAAGGCAGAAAUCUCCAUGCAUAAUGUGAGCGAUACCUCUAUCCCGAGCAGUAGUGAAAAACAAAAACGACCUGCUCAGACAACUACGAGUAAACCUGAUCCGAAAGCACUGAAGAUCACAGAAGAACUGCAGGCAAUGGUCCUGCAGUGUUGUUCUGAAGCUCAAGCCUUGCUGACUACUGAUCCAGAUCCACAGCCAAUCACUCAGGCUCCAUUUGACAUCACUUUGCCAUCAUUAAUCAGUCUGGAGAGAGUCUUUGACCUGACUCACGGCUGUAUGUUAAUGAAGGGAGGCCUGCUAGAUUGGACGAUGUCACAGCUCACCUGAACAAUCAAUUUAUACUUAUUGUUUUAUCACUCACAAAUAUAUUUCUAUCAGACACAUCACAUGCACCGAGUUUACUAAUUCUUAUUCAAACCAUUUCUUAUAUCUGUUUUCUGCAACUUUCUGCAAUAUUUUAUUGCGUCGCCCAUGGGAAAAAGUCACAUAAAAUCAAUCUUUUUGCUUCCCUGUAGUUUCUGAGAUGAGAAGAAUGUACUAUAAACAGCUAUAAUAAAGAAAUUUUAAUAUCUAA